CCUCGUGAGAAAAAACCCCUUAAUAAGCGCGCUAUUAGCAAUUAUAUUGUUUCAGAAAACAUCAAACGUUAUAUACGACCAAAAUAUAGUCGUUUAUGUGUUGAAAGGGAAUAGUUUUACGCGAUACCGACGUUCCUGCAGGUAACUAGUUCUGUUGGCGGAGGCACAUUGAGGUACGGUCGUGAUUCGUUGUUUCCAAAUGUGGCAAGCGCGGCGUAAGUUUAGGUUUGAUUGAUGGUCUGUAGGCGGAAACUCUACUCUGUAAACUUUGUACGAUGGUCGUAAAGGACUAGUUUUGGAGGCUUGUUUUUAGAAAUCACGAGCUGUCUAAAUUGUGGCUUUCAGAGACAGAUAUAUCCUUCCUCAAACUCCAGAUUCGUUUUGUAUGCUGAGUUGAGCUAAUGUUAUUUAGCCUAGCAUAGGUGAGGUGAGUUGGGUUUGAUCUGGGAUCUGCUCGCACCUCUGCACUAACGCACCGCGGGCGAUGUUAGGGGGAAACGGGACGGCCAGAGGGGCUGUGCGCCCCGGUAACGGCGCGGGGUUGACCCCUCUACAGGUGGGCAGCACGUCUGGGGCUCUGGGGCCGGUGAACCUGCCCGACGGGGGCAGAUACGACGACAGGCCGUCGGUGGAGGCUGUGCUGAGCGGCUCCGACGGAGACUCGGACUCCGGGGACGACGAGGAGAGUCCCGCGGUGGACAGGAGAGGGGUGAAGCGGGAGAGGAGCGAGAUGGAGGUCGGUGUAUCCUCGGGAUCUCACGCGGGACUGUCAGCGGGAUACGGAGGGGUUUCCUCCGGGGUGGCUGGGGCGAAACCGGGCAAAAAAACACGAGGACGGGUGAAGAUUAAGAUGGAGUUUAUUGACAACAAACUGAGAAGAUACACGACCUUCAGCAAGAGAAAGACUGGCAUCAUGAAGAAGGCUUACGAAUUAUCCACCUUAACGGGGACGCAAGUUUUGCUACUGGUUGCCAGUGAGACGGGCCACGUCUACACGUUUGCCACUCGAAAACUUCAGCCCAUGAUCACCAGUGAAACGGGUAAAGCCCUGAUCCAGACCUGCCUGAAUUCCCCUGACUCUCCACCGCGUACGGACCCUUCCACAGACCAGCGGAUGAGUGCCACGGGAUUCGAGGAGACCGACCUCACCUACCAGGUCUCAGAGGCUGACGGGCUCACAGAGCCAAAGGAGAUGAUGAAGCCAGUGUUCACGGCGGUGUCUUUAGCUGGAGGAGGCACCAGCACCAACAGCACCACCACACAGUCGUCAGCCUCGUCCUCUCCCUCCUCGUCCUCCGUCGCCAUGCACACCUCCAGCAGCAGCUGCUGGCCGCUGGCCGCCGGGAUGAGUGCGCAGAGCGUCUCCAGUGCCAACGGGACGGUGCUCAAGAGCUCUCCGGCGGGGGUCAUGCAGCUGCCCGGAGGAUUCACGCUCAUGCCAGGCGCUUCUCUUCCUCCUGGCACACACACUGUUCCUCUCAGUCAGCUGCAGACACACUCUCUGGCCGUUCAGUGUAGCAGCAGCAGCUCCAGCGCCGCACACACACAGGCCACGCUCUUCCGCCUGCCAGCCGCCGUCUCGCUCGCAGGUGGUGCGAUGCCUCAACAGUUACAGGCCAUCCAGGUCCACCCCGGUCCUCAGAGCAGUGACGGCAGUCCUGAGAUCAGCCAGACCUCCACCAGCUCCACUGCCAGCCACACCGCUACCAUAGUCACGUCCUCAGUGCCUUCUUCAGUGGCAGGUCACAUGAUGUACCCCGGAGCACACGUCAUGUACGCUACGUCCUCCUCCGCCCUUGCUGACGGGGGUCUGACUGUGCUCAACACCUUCCCACAAGCCCCCGGCGCCAUGCACAUGUCCCACACACAAGCCCAAGACUCAGGUGCAGUACCCCAGAUGUUUUUCACGGGACCUCCUGGAACCGUACAGAUCCCAGUUUCAGCCGUUCCACUGCAUUCGAUGUUAAUAAACCAGCAGCCCACGGGUAGCAGCAGUGCCACCCUCACAGAGCUGCGGGUGGUGAAUCUGGACAAUCCCAAAGGAGACUGACCCGUGACGCUCGAGGCCGGUGUGACCGCUCACUCGCACUGAUAAUCCAGGGAUCACUCAUGCCAUGCAAUCAGACUGCCAUUAUAUUUAUAACUGCCUUCUCGCUGCGUGGGACGUGCGUCAAUAACGUCUGAAGGAUGAUCACGUCUCCACACGGACUCGUUUGGGUGGAUGUGUUUUGUUCACGCGCAUCUAUACUUCAGGAUUUCAUAGAGACGUGUCUGCACUUCUGGGGCUUCACCUGUUUUUGACGAAAGAAGUACGAUUAUGUUCACUUUCAGUAAACCUCUUCACUGUAUAAACAGUUGAA